AUGGCAUUUCCUGAGGCAGACUUCGCGUCGAUGGCUAGCGGCGGACGGCGGCGGCAGCACGAGAAGGACGCGCCGAAGACACACACGGUUCCCGCUGCGCAUGGCCACGCGUUCGAGGUCGAGAAAGGCGAGCGAUUCCGCAUUGUGGAUCUGUAUGGCGAGCAGGUCGUCGACUUUGCGGCUUGGGUGCAGGAUACGCAUCUUGUCGAGAAGCUCAGCAUGGCCUAUACGCGGUAUGCACCGUUUGCGUUCGCGCUCGCAUCCUCCGAGGCAGCCGGAAACGAGUGGUGACCCUAGGUUCUCUCAGAUAUCACCUAUCCGGAGUGACCCCGGCCGUAGGGGAGUAUCUCUGGACAAACAGAGAUGAGCCGAUUCUCCGCAUCACCGACGACACGGUCAAAGUGCACGACAUGACUUUUGUAAGACCAUUGCCUUCAAUCCGGCAUCUGUCGCACCUUCAGUAGCCUGCACGUACACUAAAGGUUUUCUAGAUGAGCUGCUUUCCCGAGAUGUAUGCCAAGCUGGGUAUCCAGAACCAUCGUAGCUGUGCAGGCAACAUCGCAGAGGCCAUGAAGCCCUUUGGCAUGGGAAGCUACCUGGAGAUCACCGACCCGUUUAACCUCUUCCAAAACACGUAACUGCAUAUCCGUCAAGACCCUCUCGACUCAUUCCGCUAACAGAGACAGACCCAACUAUUCUCUCAAGCGCCUAGGGAGCAGUCAACCUGGCGACUACAUCGAGUUCGAGGCCAUGAAGGACACAAUCUGCGCCGCUUCCUGUUGCCCUUACGACCUCGAUGGGUUCAACGGCGGCCAAAUCACAGCUGUCGCUGUAGUGACUGGCAUCUUCGCGACUGGCACCAAAGCUUAA